CCUAGACAAAUUCCCCAUAUGUUCGAUACGCCGGCUCCCUUCGUCGUCUUCACGGCUGGAGAUUGGUCGUGUGCAGCUGUACAAUCCCGUCGUCGCACGCCACCACACUCGCUGUCCUCCUAUUAGCUCUGAUCGGCCAACGGAUCCCGUGCCCGAACAAUUGCCUCCGGAUCUUGCACUACUCUCCUUUGCCGCACACAGAAUGCACAAUUGAAGGUGCUCGGAUUGCAAGCUGCCAACCAGCUAUGGACGACUCACAAGAAUCGUCCGCGCCCCGAUCAUGGCGGCAGAGCGAGCGGCCGACCACUCUGUAUAGGCUCAAUUCGAACCCAAGCAGUUCGAGCAUCUUUGAGGAUGUCGAAAUGGCGCAGGACGAGCUCUUUUCCGGCCCGGUCGCGGAGAGUCUUCCGACAAGUCUCUCUGCAUUCUCGCAUCGCCGACAGCGCGCGGACUCGGCCGCGAGCUUUACGUACUACAAUGUCGAUGAGGACGAGGCGGACGAGGACGAAGCAGAAUCAGUAAUGGGAUAUGGACUCGAUGGCGCGACACCCGAUGUGGAUGACAUUCCUUUCGGCCUCGAAGCUGAUUUUGACGAUGAGCCGGUGGAGGAAGAAGAAGAAAGUUCUGGCGCAGAGCUCGAAAACGGCAAUGGCCACACAGAUUACGCGAUGCGCAGGCGCUCGUCCACGUACUCACGCAGCUCGGUCCAUGCGCGCCUCUUGCGAACGACGAGUGACGGAACGCACACCAGCAGCCGCGGUCAUAGCAGGCUCAGCCAAAAGCUCCACAUGGUUAACGAGGACCUGACGAUUGUCAUUGCCGGAUUCCGCACCAGCUCCGUUGGAUACGUUGCGUACAUCUUUCUAUGUGUUUCGACAUUUGGCUUGGCGUACUUACUGCUUCGUUGGGUUCCUCGCUGGCUGGUUCGCAUGAUUGGCCAGCCGUCUCCGCUAGCAGAGAGUCAAUGGGUUGUCCUCGAGAAUCAAUGGGGAGAGAUGAGCGUACUCGACAUACACAAGCAGGCAUAUGACAGACCGUUGUCAUCAGUGUUUGGCGCGCCGGAGAAGAUGUUUGCGCAACUUUUGGAGGAGGAUGCGGAUCCGAUCCUGUCGAGUCUGCGUAUAAUCAAUUACCGCUACGUACGGUUUUUUUUUCACCCGCUGAAGGACAAGUUCGUCAUCUGCAACGGCUGGAAGGAUCCGACAUGGACGGAUGUCCGUCGUCUGCGCUCGGGAAUAGACGACGAGGAGAAAGAGGCACGCGAGAGCGUUUUCGGGCGGAACUUGAUUGACAUUGAGCAAAAGUCAAUACCUCAGCUUCUUGUUGAUGAGGUAUUGCACCCGUUCUAUGUUUUCCAGAUCGCCAGUCUGGUCCUCUGGUCCCUGGAUGAAUAUUAUUACUAUGCUGUCUGCAUUUUCGUCAUGUCGGCGGGCAGUAUCAUUGCUACUCUGGUCGAGACUAGAGCUACCAUGCAGCGCUUGAAGGAGAUAUCACGAUUCGAGUGUGAUGUCAGAGUUCUUCGCGACGGAUUCUGGGAUAAUAUACCAUCAAGCGACCUCGUCCCGGGUGAUGUCUACGAAGUCUCGGAUCCAAGCUUGGCCCAAUUUCCCAGCGAUAGUUUGCUACUGAGUGGCGAUUGUAUCGUGAACGAAAGUAUGCUUACAGGAGAAUCUGUCCCCGUUUCGAAGAUCCCAGUCACCGAUGAGAUCCUACACAACAUGAAUCUAUCCGCGUCGACGAUCUCUGCGGAAACGGCUCGCCACUUCCUGUUCUGUGGGACAAAAAUUAUCCGUGCUCGUCGUCCGCAAGAUGAUGGGGACAAUGAGGCUGUCGCGCUUGCGAUGGUCACAAGAACUGGGUUCAACACCACAAAGGGCUCGUUGGUACGGUCAAUGUUGUUCCCUAAGCCCUCAGGGUUCAAAUUCUACCGGGACUCGUUCAGGUAUAUUGCGGUCAUGGCGGGCGUGGCUCUCCUUGGUUUCGUCGUUUCCUUCGUAAACUUCCUCCGCCUUGGUCUCGCAUGGCAUCUCAUCAUCGUGAGAGCCUUGGACCUGAUCACCAUCGUUGUCCCUCCGGCUCUGCCAGCCACUCUCACCAUUGGCACAAACUUUGCUCUGAGUCGACUCAAGAACAAGCAGAUCUUCUGCAUAAGUCCACAACGUGUCAAUGUGGGUGGCAAAUUGGAUGUCAUGUGCUUCGACAAGACGGGCACUUUGACCGAGGAAGGUCUCGAUAUUCUAGGAGUUCGUUUGGUUUCUCGAACGACCAAACGAUUCGAUGAUGUGGUCAGCAAAGCUGCCGACAUGGUACCGCACCACAUGCUCGAGGGCUCAAAUGACGACCAGCAUGCCACAAGCAGGGCAGCUUUAUUUACCAUGGCUACCUGCCACUCUCUUCGCAGCGUCGACAACGAACUCGUCGGUGACCCACUCGACCUCAAAAUGUUUGAGUUCACCAAGUGGUCGUUUCAAGAAGGAAGUGGUGGUGUCGACGUGGAAGACGAGGAACAGGGUGGCUUGUCUCCUUCCGUAGCCCGUCCGCCAGUGGCACCGCUUUAUGAUGUCGAUGAAUAUGGUAAUUCGCACGGCCGUAACGCAUCUACUGAGCUUGGCGUUCUGAAGUCAUUCGAGUUCGUCUCACAACUUCGCAGAGCCAGCGUGAUUGUACGCGUGUUCGGCCAACAAAGCGGGGAUAUCUUUGUCAAGGGCGCACCUGAGGCAAUGAAAGACAUUUGCCGCGCGGAAUCAUUUCCCGAUGAUUACGACGAGCUGCUAGCGUACUACACCCACAAAGGUUACCGUGUGAUUGCUUGUGCAACCAAGCACCUUAAGAAGCUAUCAUGGGUCAAGUGUCAGAAGAUGAAGCGGCACGAAGCUGAGAGCGAGCUCGACUUUGUGGGCUUUAUCAUUUUUGAGAACAAGCUUAAGCCCACUACGGCUGGAGUUCUCAAGGAGCUGACGGAGUCCAAUAUUCGUUCAAUCAUGGUCACGGGCGACAACAUCCUCACCGCCAUCAGUGUAGCUCGGAACUGCAGCCUGAUGGACAAAGAUGCACACUGCUUCGUUCCACGCUUCCUGGAGGGCGACUUAACGAACCCAAAUUCGGUGCUACAGUGGGAGAGCAUUGAUGACUCUGCCUUCCAGUUGGACAACCGAACCCUUCUUCCACUGCCCGUGCCAAACGAUAGAGAUGCGUCCCUUCCGAAUACGAUAACAAACCUCAGCAAUUACACUCUUGCAGUAACGGGUGACGUGUUUCGCUGGAUCGUAGACUACGCUCCUAACGAUGUACUGCAACGGAUGCUCAUCCGGGGCAGCGUCUUUGCUAGAAUGUCGCCAGACGAGAAGCAUGAGCUGGUCGAGAAGCUUCAAAGUAUCGACUAUUGCUGUGGCUUCUGCGGAGACGGCGCCAACGAUUGUGGUGCAUUGAAAGCUGCUGAUGUCGGUAUCUCACUGUCGGAAGCCGAAGCUUCAGUCGCCGCGCCCUUUACAUCUCGUGUCUUCGAUAUUCGAUGCGUUCCUGACGUAAUUCGUGAGGGCCGCGCUGCGCUGGUGACAAGCUUCAGUUGCUUCCGUUAUAUGAGCUUGUACUCUGCCAUCCAAUUCACCUCUGUCAGCUUCCUCUAUGCCUCUGCAUCGAACUUGGGAGACUUCCAGUUCCUGUUCAUCGACGUACUUCUGAUUCUGCCUAUUGCGAUUUUCAUGGGCUGGUCUGGACCGUAUCCCGUGCUUAGCAAAAAACGACCAACUGCCAACCUCGUAUCACGGAAAGUCCUCACUCCUCUUUUGGGGCAGGUCGCCAUCUGUAUAGUCGUUCAAGCUGCAGCGUGGCUUCUUGUUCGCGAACAACCUUGGUAUAUUCCACCGCGCGUAAAGCAUGAGAAAUCCAACAUUAAGAACUCAGAGAACACUGCAUUGUUCUUGACGUCGUGCUUCGAGUACAUCCUUAUUGGGGUGGUCCUCAGUGCCGGGCGACCAUUCCGGCAGCCGAUGUACCAGAACUGGCCCUUCAUGGCCACCAUAGCCGCCGCGCUCGGCAUAUCCGUUUAUCUCGUCGUAACACCCAGCCACUAUGUUGCCAAGGUCAUGCAGUUCACACCAAUCUCGGGGUCGUUCAAGGCUACCAUACUCGGCCUUGGCGCUGCAUAUCUGUUCCUUGCGUGGUUCGGCGAGCAAUAUGUGUUCCAAAGCCUCGCGAGGUUCGUGGGCUGGAUGAAGCUCACGAUCAGCGGAAAGCCAAAGACGAGAAAGCAGUACAAGGUCAUUGCGGAGAAGAUGAGGACAUGAUAGCUGGCAAUGCGCAGCCGAGCCUAUUGGAGGGUGGCAUCAAAGUAUGGGAGGGUCAAGUGGUGCUUGCCAAAUGCUUCAGAACGUGGUGUUAUUGGCAGUUGUGGUAUAGUCCGAGGGCUGCAAAGGCACAAGAACCGCAUAUAGCCAAACUAGGUCGCUCACAUCUUUCAUGGGCUGGAACCUCUAAAUAGAAGACAAUAUAUAUACAUAGAUAUACUUGGAUUUCAAAUACAUUUUCAGCAUCCGGGAGCCAAA